AUGUCAGGCGGUCCAGCCGGCGGCAUGGGCGGGGGAGGAACCAGCAGGGACGGCGCGCAGAUGCACCCCGACAUGGCGUUCGAAUGGGGCUACUCGCCUCGAGCGGUGCACUCACCGUCCCGCUUCAGUCGCGACGAGGAGGCGAACCCUAAUCGGACCAAGAGCAACCUCAGCCAGCAGCGCACGCUCAGUCUCAGCGCAGCGCGACUCAGCCAAGCUGCGGCGGAUCUCGGAUUCCACGUCACCGCUUCCGCCAAUGCACCACCCGCGGCGCAAGCUGGAGCGUUCCCCGGCUUUUCCCCCGCGGCUGCUGCGGCUGCUGCAGCUGCGCUGGCAGCAGGCGGGGAUGCUGGAGGAGGGGGAGGUCUAGGGGGGGGUGUACCUGGGGGAGGUCUCGUUCGGGGCGGGUCGGGACUGGCAGGGUGGUCAGGAGGGGUAGCUGGUGCUGGUGGCCCUGGUCAUCUACAAUCUCUUACAGUUGAUCCGUCUAAAGCGGGGAUAUCUUCUCGCGGAGCAGGGGGGCAUGGCGUGCCGCCCUUGCCGCUGCCGUCUCCUAAAGGGAACGCCGCCGCUGCUGCCGCCGCCAACGCUGCCGCGGGCAAGCUGGGCAGCCCGAGAGGAAAAUUGUCCGGGUCGCGGGCAGGCGCGCUGGGGCAUUGGCCGAGAGCCGGUUUGCCCGCGAGCAUUCAGCAGCAGCUGAUGCUGGGGGCGAUGGGCGGAGGGGCGGGCGGGGGAUCAGCAGCAGGGGGAGGCGCAGCGGGACUCGCAGGGCUGGGGGGAAUGCCGGGCGGUUAUGCUGGCGGUGGAGGCGGCAUGGGGGCGUUGGGGAAUGUAGGGGGAGCGGGAAUGGCGGGAAUGGCAGGAAUGGGGGGAAUGGCUGGGCUUGCUGCUUUGAAUAGCAGCAGUGAUGGCAGCGGCAGUGGCGGAGGCAGUGGGAACGGAAUACCCGGUAUGAGUCUGCAGACGCAGUUAAGCCUGCUAGCCGCUCAGCUAGACGGCCGAUUAGACGACAACAACCCCCUCUCGCGGACCAGCAGCGCGCCGCCACUUGGCGCGCUUCUCGCCAGCAUCGGUGACGUGGCAGAGCUGGAGAGGCUGUACCGAUUGCUCCCCGAUGCCAUGUCACCAGACGUCUCCCUGCACGUGGGGCUGACUUUGCCGUACCAGAGCAUAGGGUAUUUAUCGUCAACUGUACCAUCAAUGGCGGCUCUUAUAAGGGAGCGGACGAAGCUCUCCCGCACUAGCAGUUGCCCCCCCCCUGUGGCGGAGGACAUGAGCGGGGGCGCGGGGGGAAGCGGAAUGGAGGAGCGCGCGGGCGAGGGGGAGUCGUCUGAGUCUGAGGGGGAGAGCGGGCAGCGUGGGGCGGGCGCUGGGCACAAGAGGAAGAAACGCAGAGCUCCGGGAGGAGUGGGAGCGGGAGCUGACGUGGCUGGAAGGAGCGGCGUAGGCGGCAAGUUCCUUCUCCCCCGGCUCCAAUCCGUCCCCCUUUCCCCCCUCGUGUUCCCCCCACUUGUUCCCCCCACUCACCGCCUGACCCUUCCCCCUCACGCCUCCGCGCGCCACCCUGCCCUCCAAGUGCAGAGGGAGCCGGAGGGCGGGCUGGGGCGCAUCGUGGGGGGCAUGGAGACGGCUCACAAGGCACCACGUAGGGAGCCAGACGACGCGCUGGACGGUGGGGCGCGCCUGGGGGGACGCGGAGGGGGCGGGGUAGGGGGCGGGGGCGCGGGAAGCGGGGGAAGGGGAAGUGCAGGGGCAUGGGGGGUGAGCCCGGGGGGCGGGUACAGCAUGCAGGGCGGGGGGAUGGGGGGGAGCAUGCAGGCGGGGGCGAUGGAAACAUCGAGCCAGGACUACAUUCACGUGCGGGCAAGGCGAGGGCAGGCCACUGACAGCCAUAGCCUUGCCGAGCGGGUGCGGCGGGAGAGGAUCAGCGAUCGAAUGAAAGUGCUGCAGAGCCUUGUUCCCAUCUGCACCAAGGCAACAGGCAAAGCAGUGAUGCUGGAUGAGAUCAUCAACUAUGUGCGAUCUCUGCAGCUGCAAGUCGAGCUGCUGUCGGCCAAGCUAGCAGCAAUAGAGCAGGACACUGCAGAGAUGGACGGCUCAGAUUCACCCGCCGACUUUUGUGCGGCCCAGAUGGCAGCACUGGGAGGGCUGCUACUCCCGUCCGCCCCCGCUUCUGCCGCUGCUGCUGGCACGGGGACAGGUGGAGGUGGAAAUGCCACUGCUAUGGGUGGCGGUGCCACUGCUGCUGGUGCUUCGGCUGGUGCUGGUGCUUCUGGUGGUUCUGGUGGUAGUGCUGGUGCGGCUGCUGUGGCUGCUGCUGCGCUUGCAGGUGGAUCGUUCCGGCAGGCAUCUCCGUCCUGCUCCCAGUCUCACGAUUGGUCCACCACUGAUUCGGCCCAUCACAGCACAGCAUCGCCCAUGGCCACACCAUCAGCAUCAGCAUCAGCGUCACUGGGAGCAGCGGCCGCCCUGCACCCGGACAUGGCCUCCCUCCCCACUGACCUCGCCCGCCUCCUCCUCUCCCGCCACCUGCCCAACCUCCCCUUUGCGGGAGCCGCCGGGGGUGCGGGGGGAACAGGAGGGGGAGCGGCUGGCGGGGAGGAGAUGAGGGGAGAUGGCGGGGGAGGAAUGGGGGGAGGCGGGGGAGGAAUGGGGGGAGGCGGAGGAGGAAUGGGGGGAGGCGGAGGGGGAAUGGGGGGAGGCGCGGGGGAGGGGCUGGGGGAGCUGACAAUGGAGCAGCUGCAGGCGCAGCUGGAUGUUAUGAAUGGGUGGGAUGGUGGGCUUGAGAGCAUAGUGGCAGCAGCAGCAGCCAUGCCGCCUUCCCAGCAGGCCCAGUCAGCUUCAGGCAACAGCCACUCGGCCAAUAACCAACCCGCGUCAGGAUCACCUUCCCUGUCCCAGCAGUCUGCGGGCGACAGCAUCCUAAGUAUGGAGUCACACCAGUCCAUGAGCGAUUCUCUCCGCGCCCACCUCUCCGCGCUUCACGGCGAGGCGCGCCGACGGCUCCCCGCGGCCCUGGCGAGCGCGCAGGUCGCUUCUGUGUGUUUUGCUGCCGUGCUGGUGCUUGUGCUGUUGCCGCUGGGGCUGUGGAUCGGACGGCUGGGAAUGGGCGUCAAGAUGAUCUACGGCUUUUUGGCAUGGGUGAACGCGGCAGUGCGGCAGAUGUGGCCAGAGCUGCGCAAAGCAAGCACGGACAUGCUGAAGAGCAGUCUGAGGGGGCUGUUGGAGGGGUACCACUUCGGCAUCAUCACCGGCAUUGACGUGCGAUCCGUGGACCUGGGACCCGAUCCCCCCACCAUCACCGGGUACCAAUUGGGCAUCAUCACCGGCAUUGACGUGCGAUCCGUGGACCUGGGACCCGAUCCCCCCACCAUCACCGGGUACCAAUUGGGCAUCAUCACCGGCAUUGACGUGCGAUCCGUGGACCUGGGACCCGAUCCCCCCACCAUCACCGGGUACCAAUUGGGCAUCAUCACCGGCAUUGACGUGCGAUCCGUGGACCUGGGACCCGAUCCCCCCACCAUCACCGGGUACCAAUUGGGCAUCAUCACCGGCAUUGACGUGCGAUCCGUGGACCUGGGACCCGAUCCCCCCACCAUCACCGGGUACCAAUUGGGCAUCAUCACCGGCAUUGACGUGCGAUCCGUGGACCUGGGACCCGAUCCCCCCACCAUCACCGGGUACCAAUUGGGCAUCAUCACCGGCAUUGACGUGCGAUCCGUGGACCUGGGACCCGAUCCCCCCACCAUCACCGGGUACCAAUUGGGCAUCAUCACCGGCAUUGACGUGCGAUCCGUGGACCUGGGACCCGAUCCCCCCACCAUCACCGCUGUGCGGGUGCACAGGGGAGGGCCAGACAAUGGGCAGGCGCAGAGAGACAAGCAGCGCAGCAGAGCAGCACAGGAAGAGGGCUCCGCACAGGGGGAAGGAGGAGUAGCAGAGGAAGGAAUAGCAGAGGAAGGAGUAGCAGAGGAAGGAGUAGCAGAGGAAGGAGUAGCAGACGAGGUGAUAGCAGAGGUGGUAGUGGAGUGGGUGGAGGGGCGAGUGCAGCAGCGCAGCAUGCGGCUGAGAGUGCAGACCGCCAUGAGCCCAGAUGUGGACGUGCAAGUGAGCAGCAUCGCUGCUGCUGCCACCCUCAAACUCACCCUCAAACCGCUGCUGCCCCGCUUACCCGGGUUCGGCGCCGUGCUGCUCUCUCUGCUCAACCAGCCAUUCUUUGACUUCAAGGUGUCAGUGAUGGGAGGUAAUCUCAAGGCCAUGCCGGGAUUUGAAAAGAUGAUUGAGACGGUGCUGCGCCUGUCAAUCGACGAUUCCCUUGUGUGGCCCUCGCGAUGGGUGUACCCUGUCGUGGAGGGUGACUUCAGUUUCCUGGAGCUCAUCCCAGUGGGGUACCUAGACGUUUCACAGAUAGAGGCGGAGGGGCUCCCCAAGACAAACGUGCUGACAAGAGCUGCUGACCCGAUAUUACUCCAAACCUCCCCCUCCUUCUCACCCGCAUCCCCCGCCUUAUGUUCUCUGCACCAACACCUCCAGUUUCCUGGAGCUCACCCCAAUGGGUACCUAGACGUAUCACUGAUCGAGGCGGAGGAUCUGCCCAAGACGGACGUGCUGACAGGGCUGCAUGCCCUCCCUGCAUCACACACACAUCCCCUUGGUUCCCCCAGCUCUCCUCUCUUGUCUUCUCCCCCCUUGCUUCUGUCGUUUCCUCAACCUCACCCCAGUGGGUUUCCUGGAGCUCACACCAGUGGGGUAGCUAGACGUGUCGCUGAUAGAGGCGGAGGGGCUUUCGAAGACGGGCGUGCUGACCAGUGCUGCAGUCUCAUUUGCCUGGGUGCCGCCUCCUUCAUGCCCGCCUGUCCCCCUUCCUCCAGUUUCCUCGAGCUCACCCCAGUGGGGUACCUAGACGUGUCGCUGAUAGAGGCGGAGGGGUUGCCCAAGACAGACGUGCUGACAGGCGCUGCUGACCCGUUCGUGCUGCUGUAUGUGCGGCAGCGGGAGGGGGCCAUCAAGCGCAGCAGCACCGUUCACCACUCCCGCCACCCCACGUGGAAUGAGGGGUUUAUACUUGAGGUGGAGGACCCGGACUCACAGCAGCUGACGAUCCGACUAAUGGACAGCGAGCGGUUUGAGAAGUCGGAGUUCAUUGGAGCCCACAUGCUGCUGCUCCACACGAUGGGACUCGUGUCCCUUUCCUUCAUUCCUCUCUCGUUUCGCCCUUCGAGUCCCACAGCUCCCCUUUCUUUCCCCUACUCUCCCGUUCCAUCACAGCUGCACCCCAACAAGGCACAAGACCUGUGGCUCGACCUGUACGAUAAGCCCGAGACUCAUGAGAGUGCGAGCACUCACGGGCGGGUGCAUGUGGUGGUGAUGUUUGUGCCGUACACGCAGCGAGAGGGGGGAGGGGAGAGUGCUGCAGAGGGGGAAGGAGGGAGAAGUUAG